GCAGUCGAUUACGAGAUGAACAGAGCUUUCAUGCUGACAGUGAUGGUAUCAAACCAAGCUCCCCUGGCCAGUGGUAUCCAGAUGUCCUUCCAGUCAACAGCGGGAGUCACCAUUUCAGUUACAGAUGUCAACGAAGCACCAUAUUUCCCAACGAACCACAAGUUAAUCAGGCUGGAGGAAGGGGUGCCUACGGGGACAGUCCUGACAACGUUUUCAGCGGUGGAUCCUGAUCGCUUCAUGCAGCAGGCAGUAAGAUACUCUAAGCUGUCAGAUCCUGCAAACUGGCUGAACAUUAAUGCCACAAAUGGUCAGAUCACUACUGCUGCUGUCCUUGAUCGAGAGUCAGACUACAUUAAGAAUAAUGUCUACGAGGCCACAUUCUUGGCGGCUGACAACGGUAUACCCCCUGCAAGCGGCACUGGCACUCUGCAGAUCUACCUAAUCGACAUCAACGAUAAUGCUCCUGAGCUCCUGCCAAAGGAGGCACAGAUCUGUGAAAAGCCAAACCUGAAUGUCAUCAACAUAACAGCCGCGGAUGCUGACAUCGAUCCAAACAUUGGGCCCUUUGUCUUCGAGCUGCCAAGUGUGCCAUCUGCAGUGAGGAAGAACUGGACCAUAACACGGCUGAAUGGCGAUUACGCCCAGCUUAGUUUACGAAUCAUGUACCUGGAAGCGGGUGUGUAUGAUGUGCCGAUAAUCGUGACGGACUCAGGAAACCCCCCCUUGUACAACACAUGCGUCAUCAAAGUGAAGGUGUGCCCGUGCGACGAGAACGGCGACUGCACCACCAUCGGGGCGGUGGCUGCAGCGGGGCUUGGCACGGGUGCCAUCAUCGCCAUCUUGAUCUGCAUCAUUAUUUUACUAACCAUGGUUCUGCUGUUUGUGGUGUGGAUGAAACGCCGGGAGAAGGAGCGCCAUACCAAGCAGCUCCUGAUCGACCCCGAGGACGACGUCAGGGACAAUAUUCUGAAGUACGACGAAGAGGGAGGUGGAGAGGAAGACCAGGAUUACGAUUUAAGCCAGCUCCAGCAGCCAGAGACCAUGGAUCACGUGCUGAACAAGACACCUGGAGUCAGAAGGGUGGAUGAAAGACCUAUUGGUGCUGAACCACAGUAUCCUGUAAGACCAGUAAUCCCACAUCCAGGGGAUAUUGGUGACUUUAUUAAUGAG